AUGGGGCUCUGCAAGUGUCCCAAGAGAAAAGUGACGAACCAGUUCUGCUUCGAGCAUCGGGUCAACGUCUGCGAAUAUUGCAUGGUGUCCAAUCACCAAUUUGUGAGGAUCGCUUCGUUUCACUCUUAUGUUACUGCAGCGCUAAGCCUAACUGGCUCCAAGAUAGUGAUUUCAGUCCAACAUGUCAGCUCUGUCAAGGACAUCUCACAGCAUCGCCCUGCAUUCGCCUACAAUGCUAUCUCAAUCUUUUCAGAUGUCUUCCACUGGUCAUGCCUGGACUUGGACAUGAGAUCACAGACAGAUGAGAACAAGUUGAACCGAUGCCCUACAUGCCAAGGGAAGAUCUUUCCUGACCCAAGUAACACUUCCCCUGUAUCAGAUGCACUGAAGAGUAAGCUGUCACUUGUCAACUGGGGACGUUUGGGACUGGGCCUCGAUCCUCUACCAGAAGAAGAAGACAGGAAGAAUGUUCAUAUUGAGCAGAGGCCUGAGCCAGUAGGUAGCUCAUCUAGUCCUCCACAAGUUGACAAGUGGGAUACAAAUAAGAAUUCGCAGAAUGUCUCGCAGGGAUCGUUUCAUACGAACAACUAUGCUUCCCCUCAGACAUCACGGCGAUUGGUGGAUAGUGCAGAUUCCUCGAUGUCCAUGUUUGAGCAAUCUGAAGAGCCUGCCAGCAAGUACAGGAGGAGAACUGUCAGAAGUCCCUUGCAGACAUGGUGGAGGAGCAUCACGGGACCUCCCCACCCCCGAGGGAACCUCCCACUGCUCCGGAGAUAUGGCCCUCUACUGGCUCUCAUCUUCUUCCUAGCCUUCAUCUUCUUCGUCCUUCUCCUCUGGCUCAAUCGUGGGGAUGGGGAGUAUGAUCCCCUCUUUGAUCCUCUCAAGAAUCCCCACAUCAGAAUCGAGAAGUGAGAGGGAGGGAGGGAUCAAGGCACACUCUCCCUCCCAAUCUCUCUGCUUUUUGACCUUGUUUUUGCAUAUGGAAAAGUCAAAUGGAUGGAGUUGCACUUGUGUGUUUGUGAUACUCUCAUCAUGGCUCUUAUUUCACCUCCCCCCAUGACUUUUUUUUUUAACAUUCUACUCUUCAAAGCAUUCCAAGUUCCCUGCUUUUUGACUUGAAUUGUGGUGCCAAAAUUCACAUCUUGAAAAUUGCAGACCUUGGGAUUUUUGUCAGACACAAUCUGCAGUUCCUGUUGAGUGGAAUGUUGCUUGAGAUCAAUCCUAGUUUUUCAUUAGUUUCGUUAAAUAUCUAGGUCUGUGCCAUCUAAAUGCCACAAUAAUAUUUGCUUCACGACAAAGCUUACUGCAUCUGGCCUACAUUUAUAUUGUGGUUCACUGAUCCCAUAUUUAUGAUUAGCUUGGGAAGGAUACACAUAGACAUAAUAAUCAUUAGGGUAAGCAAGGCUAUCAGGGUUCUUGUUGUGCCUCUUGCCAAUGCAGAUGUCCAGGAGUUGGUUCAUUUUUUAAAUUGAGAGGAUGUGAUAUGAAGGGAAUAAAGGGCAAAGGAAAUCCAAAA